UAAAAGUCCUAGAUACCUAGUACAAGCUGUUUGCUUGUUUAGAAAUACGAGUUUACAUAUUGCAGAUUUUAGUACAAUAUACAAGUUUAGCAUUCUCCUACUGACUAUAAGUCAAUAGAAAAACAGCCAAAAAUGGCACCAAAAAGAAAAAAGAAAACCGGGAAACUAACAAAAAUGACUGAUGAAGAAAGAGCAAUUUUCCUUGAACAACAAAGAGUUGCUGAAGAAGAACUAAAAACAAAAAAGAUGGCACUGUUAACUCAAUAUCUACAAGAUAAACUUAUCCAUGAAGAAAAGUUUACUAAACUUAAUCAAGCAAAACUGACACAUUAUUGGCGAACUAUAAUGAGAGAGACGAAGUCAAAAGAAUUGAAAAGAACUAUAGAAAUAUUAUCACAAACAUUUGAAAGAAUCAUGGACCGGUAAAGCAUCAAUGUCUUAAAUUUUUUAUCAGUUUGUUUGUUCAAUAUUUUUCAAAGAAAAGAAAGUAUCAUCAAAACACUUGUUGCGGAUCUUAGUGAGGCAGACGAACAGCAUUUGAUGGCUCUGCGUUCUCAUCUACAGAAUGUAGAUAUUUUGAUAGAUUUACAAAAUCAAAGAUUACAUAAAUUAAAAACUAAUUAUGAAAAGGAAUUGCGCUCUUUGGUAGAAGAAUUCUUAAAAGAAGAAAACUUUACUAAGCAACAACACGAUAGACAAGUCAAUGACUUAAAAGAUAUAUUUGUUGCACUGGAUUCUACAUAUACUGCCAAAGCACAUGAAGCUGUAAUUGAUCAAACUAGUUUGAAGGAUGAUCUGAAGAAUAAAAGUUUGGAAGAAAAACAUACAUUGAGAAUAAAUUUGGAGAAUAAGGUCAAUAGUUUGUGGUCUGAAUUCAAACAGGCUUCCACUCAAUACACAACAACUACCAAUGAAAAAAAGACAUCUUUCGAAAACUUAAAAGCAAAAGAUGAACGUUCAGCUGCUGAAAUUCAAUUACACUUAAACAAAAUCCAAAAAAUCAAUGAUAAUAUAUCGGCUACUAGACGUCGUAUGUUAAAAACAUCUAAGGAAUAUGAAGAAAAAAAUCGCAACUUAAAAGAAGAACGUGAUAAGUUAGUUGUUCGAUUUCAAGUCUUGAAGAUACAAAUCAAUAAAUUACGUGAUCUACAACAUGAAAAAUUGGUUAAAAUGUCAGUUGAAAGUGGGGAUGCUAUAAAAAAGGUUCAAUGUUUAUUGGAAAAAGCAGAGAAGAUUAUUAAGUUAGGUGAACAGUGCAGAAAGUAUGAGACAGAAGAGGAAAAAGUUACACCAUUCUAUUCAUCAUCUUUAUCAGCGGAAGAAGAAAGUAUUGUGCAAGAAUCGUUCGAAAAAGAACAAAAUGAAGAAAUGACGAAGAUAUUAAAACGAUGCCUUCCACUUGAAAUGUUUUGGAAAAGAUUUAAUAAAGUUCAAUUAGAUCGUUUAGCAAUAAUUAAAGAAUACAAUAUGUUAGAACAAGAAAACAUUCAAUUAAAAUUAUUAUUGAAACAAUAUUUAGAUGGUAUAUCAGUUAAUAGUGAAGUUAUAUCUGGUGAUAAUUCAUUAAUUGUUAUAAAUGGACGAUCAAAUUUAAAACACAUGAACAUAAUAGAUGAUCCACGAAUCAGAUUGAUAUCUACUGAUGAUGAUAGUGUACAGCCGAAAGAAAUAAUAAACUAUGCUACUACUCCCGCUGCAGUUGACUAUCGAAUAAGGCAGACAACAUAGACAAAAUGAUUCUACAACAAGAAUAAUAUAAAAUCCAAGACAAGACAUAACAAUGAUGAGGAUUUUAUGUGAUUUACUAUAUGCCUACAAAGUUAUUCAAUGCUGAAUCAAAUUAAAGAAAUGACUGAUAUAGAAAUAAAUUGUUCAUAAUAGA